UUGAUGAACUCAGGAACUAAGGCAAGUAAGGUGGCAUCCUCUCUCUAGGGUUUGCUGGUUUUACUUUCCCAACACUCCUCACCAUCAUCACCCUACACCAGUCUGAAAACAAAAAGGGAGAUGGCUCCCCCGGAAGUUCCAGUGGGCGUCUUCUCCGGCGCCGGCAAGGUCUCGACGGUGCGCGGCGGGUACGUGAAGAGAGCGUACGUGACGUUCCUGGCCGGCAGCGGUGACUACGUGAAGGGAGUGGUGGGAUUGGCGAAGGGGUUGAGGAAGGCCAAGAGCGCAUAUCCGCUGGUGGUGGCGAUCUUGCCGGACGUGCCGGAGGAGCACCGCCAGAUCUUGACGUCUCAGGGCUGCAUUGUGAGAGAGAUUGAGCCAAUCCAUCCGCCGGAAAACCAGGUUCAGUUCGCCAUGGCCUACUACGUGAUCAACUAUUCCAAGCUUCGCAUAUGGAAUUUCGAAGAGUACAGCAAGAUGGUGUAUCUAGACGCAGACAUCCAGGUGUUCGACAACAUAGAUCAUCUCUUCGACAUGGCAGACGGCUACUUUUACGCCGUGAUGGACUGCUUCUGCGAGAAGACGUGGAGCCACUCUCCCCAGUACAAGAUCGGCUACUGCCAGCAGUGCCCGGAGAAGGUGGCUUGGCCGGAGGCUGAGAUGGGCUCUCCUCCGCCGCCGCUAUACUUCAAUGCCGGCAUGUUUGUUUUUGAGCCCAGCCGCCUGACUUUUGAAAGCCUCCUCCACACUCUCGGGAUCACCCCGCCAACACCCUUUGCAGAGCAAGAUUUCCUGAACAUGUUCUUCCAAAAGAUGUACAAGCCGAUUCCUCUAAUUUACAACCUGGUUCUGGCAAUGCUAUGGCGCCACCCUGAGAAUGUAGAGCUCGACAAAGUUAAAGUGGUGCACUAUUGUGCCGCUGGAUCAAAGCCAUGGAGGUACACUGGAAAAGAAGCAAACAUGGAGAGAGAGGACAUAAAGAUGCUGGUAGCAAAGUGGUGGGAGAUUUACAAUGAUGAGUCUCUUGAUUACAAGGCUGCUGAUCCUCAAGACACUAGUAAUGAGGGAGAGACCUUCUCAAGGCCCUCGAUCAUGUCGUCCAUGCCUGAGCCUGCAAUUUCCUAUAUAGCUGCCCCUUCCGCAGCAUAAAAAUCAACCAAAUUAAGGCCAAAGACUCCACAAGAGUGUUCGAAGUUUGGUGUAAUCUAUCCCCUCCCUCUCUAUAUGUAUACACUCUCUACUAAUUAAUACUUACUUUUUUCUA